AUGAACAGAAAUGAAAAAUAGGAAAUAGAGUCAGGAUUGCGUAAUCUUUUAGAAGAAGUAUAUAUAGUUAAAUAUAUGAAAUUAGAUGAUGAUUUUUAAUAAUGAAAAGAUGAUUGGAAUUGAUCACUAUAAUUGUUUAGAUUUAAUACAAAAAAUAACAAAAUUGUUUCGAUAAUUAAAGAGUAGUAAUUUGGAAUAUAAGAAACUGGAAUUUGUUUUGUAAUAAUAAGAAGCAGAUAUUCGAAAUCAUAUUAGCGUAAGGAAAGAUUACUAAUCAUAGUUAGAAUAGUAGAUGAAAAUAUAUUAAGAUGGAUUGUAAACAAAAUUAGAAGAGGCAAAUGUUGAAGUCAAAAAAUUACAAAGAGAAAUCUAGAAAUUAAAGAAACUUAAGUAUGUGUAAUGUAUGAUAGUUGUUAAUCAGAAUUGAAGAAAAAAGAUUAGAGUCAGGAUGGAUCUACUUCUUAUCGAUAGGGUUCUCCAAAAAAAUAAUCUUCAUUCUCUUAACAUGGAGGUUAUACAUCACAUCGAAGUUCAUGUGAUGAACUUUUCAAGAGAUACAAUAAAUUACUGUAAAAUUAAUAGGCCUCUAUAAGUCAACGAUCAAAUAACAUUUAGAUUAGUUAAUAUAUGAUGAAAGGAAGAUAAACUUUAGCUGAAAUUAGCAAUAUAUAGCCAAGUAGAAGUCAAACUAAACUAAAUAAUAGUGUUAAUAAAAGUGGAUAUAAUAAUUCCAUUAAUUCAGAGGCAAUAAAAAACUUGCUCAAAAUGAAAUGA